GUUCCAAGACAUCAGUAGGGUAUAAGUAUAAUACUUUUCUGAAAGAAGGAAUUUGGAGCAAUGAAUCAUUCUGCCCUGGAAAUUGGCUCCUGUGACACCCCUGAAGAGAGAAAGCUCUAUGUUAUUGAUUCUUUAAAUGACUUAAACAAAGUGAACCUCUCUCCUGCUGGAUCCCAGGCUCAAGAAAAGAAGUUCAUAGAAGGUGCUGUUAACAUAGGGAAUGGAAUCAGAAACCGAAGCUUAUUCUUUGUGGCGUUGAUCAUUGCCUUGAUCGUCAGCUUGACCCUGGUUUCUUUUGUGAUAUUUUUACUAAUUCAAACUGGAAGCAAGAUGGAUGAAGUAUCGAGAAGAUUAACAGCUGAAGGAAAGGAUAUCGAUGAGCUCAAGAAAAUAAACAGCAUGAUAUUAAAUCGUCUCAACCAAUUGGACGCUAUUGAAAACUAAAGAAGUGAAGAGUAAAACAUCAACUGAGAAAGUCUGGAGAUUCCUCUUAACUUUACAAAGAAUUUUCAAGGUGAACUUUUCUAGAGGUUACUAUAAGAGGGCAACAUAUUGUCUGGGUGAUGAAAAAAGGCUUGGUGACAUUCUCUCAGUUGUAUCCAGCAGAAAGAAUUCUAGAAAUAGCAAUUUCUCAAGCCUCAGUGAUACAGGUGUUAAUUCUUUGUGGGACUAAAUGAUGUGAGUGAAAACAUGUUGUGGAAAGAGCACUGGAUCUGUAGUCAGAAGACUUGGAUUCUAUUCCUGGUACUGCCACAAUGUUACCUGUGUGACUAUGGGAAAGUCACAUAAUCUCUCUGGGCAUCAGCUUCCUGGGUCAUAAUAUCAU